CACGGAGAAUUAUUCCAGGAUCUUUUGGAAUGCACUCAUCCCAGACCCAGAACAAUGGGUCUUCAAGGCACACCGCAGACAUAUGCGGCCAAGCUCCUGCGCGGUGUCGGCCGCGCCGUCAUGGGCUCCAUCACCAAAUCGCACCCCGACGAAACAGCGCAAUGGCCGUCGCGCCAUGAAGGGCGAGCGAUCAAGGUGAACAUCUACCGACCGGCCGAAGACGCGCUGCAGACUCCCAGUCCCGUGCUGGUGAACAUGUGCGGCAGCGGCUUCAUCCUGGCCGGCCACGGCACCGACGACGAAUACUGCCGCUUCAUCGCCUCCAACACCCCCUACACAGUGGUGGACCUGCAAUACCGCCUGGCGCCGGAGCACCCGUUCCCGGCCGCCUUCCACGACGUCGAGGAUGUCAUCCGCCACAUCUUGGGGCACCCGGACCAGUACGACCCCACGCACCUCGCGCUGUCGGGCUUCAGCGCCGGCGCCAACCUGGCCCUGGCCGUCUCCGCCGUCAGCGACUUCCCGCGCGAGACCAUCCGCGCCACCAUCGCCUUCUACCCCUCGUGCGACCUGGCCGAGGACUUCUCCGAGAAGACCGCCCCGGACCCUUCCAGCCGCCUGCAGAUGCCCGCCGGCCUGUCGCGCUUCUUCCACCGCUGCUACUUCCCCGCCAGCGACAACGACGCCGACGACCCCCGCAUCUCCCCGGCCCACGCCUCCCCCGAGAGGUUCCCCGACAACCUCGCCGCCAUCACGGCAGCUCAGGACCCCUACGCCCCGGAGAUGGAGAAGAUUGCUGCCGCUGUCGAGGCGCUACCCGGCCGGAAUGUCGUUGUCAAGCGCAUGGAGCACUGCCCGCACGGCUGGGAUAAGCGCGUCAAGAAGGGGACUGUCCAGGCGGAGGCCAAGCAGGAGGCCUACGAGCUCGUCGCGCACUUUUUGUCCUCGAUAUAAGAUUUCUCGUUGUAGAUAUCCUCUUUUUUUUUCUUGAUUUUGGUUGUAGAGAUAUUGUAUAUAUCUUUUUCUGAG